UUCACAACAUUUCAUUGCGGCAAACCUUUUUAAUUUUGUUAUUCAGUUUGACUAUUCUUUCGUCUAUGGUUCUUGAAUUGAGAUAUUUAUAAAAUGGAAUCAGACGAAGCAGUCCAAUCCACGAAUGAUGACGCUAGUGAAUGUAAGAAAUCUGCCGUUCGUUUGGGUUAUUGGAACGACCGCUUUCUUCCAAUUCUUGUGCGUUCUUCAGAAAGAAAGCCGCCAGAAAUAAACCGCGGCUAUUUCGCUCGAACAGAGGGUGUUGCCAUUUUCAUAAGGAAUUUUUUAAAGAUAGCAGGUCCCAAAUGCCAGAUAAUUAACUUUGGUGCUGGUUUUGAUACCCUGUAUUGGAGACUCAAAGAUCAAGAGUGUAAAUUUGAGAGCUUCACUGAAGUAGAUUUUCCCUCUGUUACUGCCAGGAAAUGUUAUGCCAUUAAAAGAAGCAAAGUACUUUUAGAUGGAUUGGGUGUGACUGAUGGUGAAGUAAGAUUGAGCUCAACAGAAUUACAUGGUGGAAAUUAUCAUCUUGUUGGUGCUGAUAUCCGAAAUCUGUCUGAAGUUGCUCUGAAGCUAAAAGAAUCAGAAGUAAAUUUUCAACUUCCAACUUUGUUUCUAGCAGAAUGUGUACUUGUUUACAUAGAAUCAACAUCUGUAUCCAACCUCCUUUCAUGGCUAACAUCGCAAUUUCCUCUUUCUCUAUUUGUAAAUUAUGAACAAGUUAAUAUGGAUGACCGAUUUGGUGAAAUAAUGUUGGAAAAUUUAAGAGCUAGAGGGUGUCCUCUGUCUGGUGUUGAUUCUUGUAAGUCUCUUGAUUCACAAAUUAAUAGGUUCAUAACGACCAACUGGGAUGGAGCCAAAGCAUGGACGAUGGUAGAAAUUUAUGCUGCAAUUGAUGGUAGUGAGAGAGAAAGGGUUGAGAAAAUAGAAUUAUUAGACGAACAGGAGCUGCUAACACAGUUGUUUCAACAUUACUGCAUCUGUGUUGCUUGGAAAGGUGAUAUGUUCCAUGAAAUAUCACUGUCUGAAUACGAUGACUGAUUAUUCUCAACUCUCCGUCGAAUAAGCAUUAUGGCUAUUUAAGAAGCCUUUUUUGGUUUCCUCUAUUGGUGUCAUUUCAAUUUUUGUGCACAUUCAACUAAUUGUACUAAAGGGUCAAUUAUUGGUCUGGGGUUAUUACGUAAGGUAGAGGUCUGUGCACAUUAGAUACUUUCUUCCUGAAUCUUUUUAGAUGUUCUUAAAGGUUCUUACUGGUCUUCUUCCGUUUCUUAAUGUAUCUUUGAAUAAAUCUUGUUUAGCCUCUAGUCUACUUAUUCUCAGCCGUCGAAUAGAUGUAAUUACUUCAUAAAAUUGAUAAAAUUAGUUUUAUGAAAAAUCUUUGAAAUAAUGUGCAAUGAUGAAUUUUUUUAUAAAUUGUAUACUUAAUGUUUAGAUUAUGUGGAAUCGUUAUGAUGUAUGUAAGGAAAAAAAAAGAGUAUUAUCUCGACAAAUUUACAUUGUGAUGUUAAGACUAUUCUAUUAAUCAUUAGUAACUUAAGUUGUUGAUGUUAUUUAUUUUGUAAAUAAUUUAUUUCUUUUUUUAUGUAUAUAUAUAUUUUUA